AUGCGCGAUGCUAGCGGAAGUGACGCAGACGGCAGUGUUUCCGUUGAUGGUGUGUCUGUUCGAGCGUCAGAUCGUUUCUGAUCGGUUCGAUUUAUCGUGAUCAGAAGCACAAACUCAACGAAACAGAUGUCAUUCGGUGUCCCGCACAGUGCCGGGCGGCGCAGUAAGUGGGACCAGGCCGGUCCGGGUUCCUCUGAUGGAGGUUCUGCUCCCACUGGAGCUCUGGACGCCGCGGCCGCUGUCGCCGCUAAGAUCAACGCUAUGCUCGUGGCUAAAGGGAAGCUCAAGCCGUCUCAGAUCAACAGCGCCGCUCCGGCUGAUAAAGUUUCAGGUGCUGGGGCGAGUAAACUGAAGGAUGAUCUGGUGGUGGCAGAAGUGGAGAUCAAUGACGUCCCGCUGACCUGCCGAAAUCUGCUGACCCGCGGACAGACUCAAGACGAGAUCAGCAGAGUGAGUGGCGCUGCUGUGUCCACCAGGGGGCGCUACAUGUCCUCGGAGGAGAAGAGCAAAGCCCUGCCCAGUGACCGUCCGCUGUAUCUGCAUGUGCAGGGCCAGACCCGAGACCUAGUGGACAAGGCCGUUAACAGGAUUAAGGAGAUCAUCACUAACGGUGUAGUGAAGGCCGCCACCAACUCGACCUACAGCGGAGCGACGGUCACUGUGUACCAGCAGCCCGGAUCCACCACUUUACCCACAAUCCCCUCUGCUGCACACAAACCUCACUAUACAGGCGGAAUGCACUAUGUGCAGGAUAAGGUGUUCGUGGGCCUGGACCAGGCGCUGCACGGCUUCAGUGUGAAGGAGUGUGUGGAGGGACCGGGCUGCUCGUAUCUUCAGCACAUUCAGGCAGAGACCGGAGCCAAAGUGUUCCUGCGGGGGAAAGGGUCCGGGUGCCUGGAGCCGGCGUCAGGGCGAGAGGCGUUCGAGCCCAUGUACAUAUACAUCAGUCACCCAAAACCAGAAGGACUUGCUGCUGCAAAAACCCUCUGUGAAAACCUCCUGCAGACCGUUCAUGCUGAGUAUUCUAGAUUCCUGAAUCAGAUGAGCAGUGUGAUGCCCACACAGGGUUUUCUCCAGCCUCCUGCUAUGAACGGGAUGCCUCCUCAGUCUCAGUAUUAUCCUCAUCCUCCCGCGGGAUUCCAGCCGUAUCCCGUUCCUCAGCAACCCGUCGCUCCUCCGUAUCCGGUGUCUCCCGCGGCCCCGGGGCCCGUCCCCCCCGCGCAGUAUCCCCUCGCGCCCGCUAGCGUCCCGGCACAGACUCUUCCUCCCGCUCAGUUCCCGCCCCCUGCCGUGGCUCCGCCCUCACUUUCGGCUCCGCCCAGACCCGUGGCUCCGCCCCUCCCGCCACAGAAGCGGCGCUUCACUGAGGAGGUGCCGGACGAGUCGGAGCAAGGCCUUCUGGGAUACCAGCAUGGACCCAUUCAUAUGACUAAUUUAGGUGCAGGCAUGGCUGUGGGCAGCUCCGAGUCAUCAGGACCCCCGUCUGCUGCUUCCUCAGGGCCUGUGAGAGAGAGAGACAGCAGCAGAACGAUCAUGCCGUGUGUGUCAGCGCCGCUCAACGGACUGAGAUCUCAGAAAGCAGACGAGAAGACGGCGCCGCCGAGCCUUCUGGGUAAGACGCUUCACACACACACACACACACACACACUCCUGCUGAUGUCUGUCAUCACACACACACAGAUGAGCUGCAGCAGCGGGACUGUAUCAUUAGCACAGGUAAAGCUGAAGUGUGGCGUUUCACAGGAAAUGACACGCUUCAGCUUGAGGGCCGUGAUUGGUCAGUUGAGUUUGAGGCUCCUCCCCUGCCGUGCCGUGUGACUCCACACUAACGGCGUCUCUCUUGUGUUCUGUGUUCUCUCUCUUUCUCUGUGUUUUUUCUCUCUCUCUUUCAUGUCCCUGCGGGGGGAUGCUGGAUGGGCGGGGCCUCGUUCCCUUCCGCCUCCUGAUUGGACGCUUCCAAUGACAUGCGGUUGUUUAACUUCCUGUUUCCUUGAUUGCUGGUAUGGUGUUGUUUGUGUGCUUGUCUCUGGUUUCUGGUGUCAUCAGAGCCGCAGGUGAAGCGCUUCCGGGCCGGGCUGGUGGCGUACGCCGGAGAUUCCUCGGAUGAAGAGGACGAUCACGGACCCUCGAAAGGAUAUACGUACCUCUCGCCUUCUCCUCACCGGCCCAAAACACACACACACACACACACGCCGCAGCCCUUCUGGAUGGCACC